AUGCCUCCUAAUUACCCCAACUUCCGAAAAAACGUGCCAUGGCUAAUCAUUUUUCUGGAAGCUGCUUUCAUCGUCCUCUUUUACUUUUUGCCCUCAGGUGAUUGUAUGGCUGAAUUCAGCAGCUCCUCCUACCCAGCUUUUCAAGAUGUCAGCCACAUGGUGAUUUUUGGAUUUGGCUUUUUCCUGACGUUUCUGAAAAGAUACGAGUUUAGCAGCACUGGAUUCAACCUCCUGAUCAUCGUACUUGGUGUCCAAUGCUCCGUGCUGAUAGAAGAUUCAUUAGUUUUGCUUUUUGGUGGGCAAGUCAAACUUUGUCUGAGAAGCAUAAUAAAGGCUACUGUGAGUAUGACUGCCGUGGUCAUCUCCACUGGGGCAGUUCUUGGAAAGACUAAUCCUGUGCAAUUAAUUCUGAUGACAUUUGUGGAGAUAAUAGCUUUCCGUAUGAGCAGAUGGAUCAACACCACAGUCCUGCAGAUUUCAGAAAAUAUCAGCAUGAUGCAUGUUCACCUGUUCGGAGCCUACUUUGGUCUGAUGUUCUCCUCACGCUUCCCCGAGCCAUCACCGAGGUCUGAGAAGAAUGCGAGUACCCCAAAGUCGGAUUUAUUGUCAAUAUUGGGUACUCUCUUUCUCUGGAUAUUCUGGCCAAGCUUCAAUUCUGUACUAGCUGACGACAAGAAUAAAGUCAUCUACAACACCUACUUUGCCCUUGCAGUGAGUGCUGUAACUGCCUUCGUGUGGUCUGUGCUGACCACAAAGGAUGGAAAAUUCAGAAUGACUCAUAUCCGCAGUGCAGUACUAGCUGGUGGGGUCACUGUUGGGUUUGCAGCACACAGUAUUGAGCAUCCUUGGAUUGCAAUGAUUUUGGGUCUGCUUGCCAGUGUGAUAACCGUGUUAGGAUCUUACUGUUUACAGAGAUGCUUGAAUCCUGCUCUCAAGCUUCAUGAUACUUCGGGAGUUCAUUUCACUUUUGGCUUGCCUGGUGUGCUCGGAGGUCUUGCCCAGGUUAUUCUUUCAGUAAUAGAAACCAAGAGUGAUUUACUAAGACUGGGUGAUUUGCUCAUGACUGACAUUGGUGCCUUAUGCCUGACCAUCAGCAUUGCCGUGAUAACAGGUUUUAUUACAGGUUUAAUCUUAAACCUCAAACUGUUUAAGACCCCUCCUGUAUCCAAGUACUUUGACGACCAGUUUUAUUGGGAGUUUCCCCAUUCGGCCGUUGGAUUUUGA